GACGUGAAGUGUAUCCAAGACUUAUCAUAAGAACUACGUAAACCCCUGAUUUUUGGUGUUCUUUACAUCGCAUUCUUGUACCAUUUCGCCGCUCGCUCAACUACGGGGCAAUCAGACUCCGUUGAGAGCCGAGUUCUUCACACUUCACCACCAUCAUUAAGUAAGCUGACCCUAUGCCAUCACGAUCAUGUCGCCCAGUCACCGAACCCCACUCCUAGAGUCUGCAGAUAACGCAAGCUAUGACACCGUUAAGCCAAAAGCAAAACCAACAACUGCCGCUCCGCUCGAGCAGCCAUCAUCAGAGUCGUCGAUCAACGAGGACUAUGUAGUUGAUAUUGAGAGAAUCACCACUUACUCUAGUACGUCUUCACUCUCUUGGGCGUAUUCCUAUGAAGAUGACCAUGACAUAUAUUUUUGUGAUUACUGCGCCCAAAAUAACUUACAACAUUCCCGAGAAUGGGACCCGGGUGACCUUUGGAGGAAAUGCAUGGAAAGUGAAGGGUCGCUGGCGGUUCUUGAGUUUAUAAUUGCUUUUCAAAUGCGUCUUCUUACUGUGUUGGUACCGCUUUUUCUGUUAUUCACCUUGAGGAUAUAUAUGAUUGGAUAUAUUGACGACAGGUACGUUAGCCAACCACAGUAUUCUAUAUUACCCGAAGGUUCUACAUACUCUUAUACCUAAAUAGUAG